UUUUUAAACGUAAAACAUCAAAAUGUCUGACGAAGAGGAAGAAAAACGAACGGAAAUGUACCUUCCGCAACAAAGUGUUCAUCUGAAUUUGUGCAUUUCGCAACGCGGAACGAAUCUUACGAUGGAUCACAUACUCAAUGGGUACGAUGCCCCAACCGAAAACCUACAAAAGAUCAUAUAUGGGAUUAUUUUACCAACGAUUUGCGCCUUGGGAAUUAUUGGAAAUGUACUUAAUUUGAUUGUGCUGACAAGGAGAAAUAUGAGAGGGACUGCCUAUAUUUACAUGAGAGGAUACUCAGCAGCUGCUUUGUUGGCAAUUAUUUUUGCAAUACCUUUUGCGAUUCGUGUGUUAAUUCACAAAGACACGGGACGAUGGCAGAGUUUUUCUCAAGCAUUUUAUUCAACGCAUCUCGAACUGUUUUUGGGAAAUGCUUGUUUGGGUGUUGGAGUUAUAAUGUUGCUCGUGCUAACUGUCGAACGAUAUGUUUCUGUCUGCCAUCCGAGCUACAUGAGACCUGUUAUGGGGCCUCCAAGGUUAACCGUCAUACUGAUACCAUUAGCAACAUUUAUUAUAUAUUUACCAAGUGUCUUUCGCAAUGAAUUGGUUACAUGUGUCUUACCGCCAGAUGGAUCAAUUAUUUAUCAAAAGCGUGAUAAUGUGGAAUUUUUACAGACAUUAUUUUAUUCGGUAUAUAAAGUAAUAUUGGAAAUAGUGUUUAAAUUGGCUCCAACCGUCCUAAUUGCGGGCCUUAAUUUGCGUAUAAUGAUCGUCUACCGAAAGACAUGUGAGAAACGACGACGAAUGACCUUGUGUCGCAUAACAACCAAUAACAAAGACGAUGAUCCCAGAAAAUUUGCUGAAGAACGUCGAUUAAUUCUUCUUUUAGGAAGCACUUCCUUACUUUUCUUGAUAUGUGUCUCUCCCAUGGCUAUUUUGCAUGUAACAUUGUCAGAAGAGAAUCUCUCCAAAUUUUCCUAUCAAGUUUUCAGAGCAAUGGUCAACUUACUCGAGUUGAUAAACUAUUCCAUCACAUUCUACAUUUACUGUUUGUUCAGCGAAGACUUUCGUAACACUUUACUCCGAACCCUACGAUGGCCAUGGAUCGAAACGAAACUUUGCAAAAGAAAGGAUGAAUUUCAACUAACAACAACGCAACCAAUUCUGUGUAACGGCUUAAACGGAAGCAACAUUUGCUGCAAGACUCCCCAACACAAUGGUCACAAUACCGCAAAAUACUUGAGCACGAAGAACAAUAACCAUCAUCAGCUCCAAAUCCAAACAACUACAUCGGGAUUUUGCACUGUCGCUCGUUCAAGCAGCAUUUGAUACGAAAUGGUUGGCGAUGGCGGAUGCACCGAAGGCGUCACAAGUAUUUUCAUUGAUCCAGGUCCCGAACAAACUGACGAAGUUUAAACUUUUUGACGAAAAUUAUGAUGAAAUGUACCUAAAAAAAAGAGAAAAAUAUGAAAACCUUGAAAAAAAUACCUUAAAAAAAAUA